AUGAAACACAAACGCUUUCUCUUCUCUGUUCUGCGACGCAUGAAGAAGGUACGUAGACGAUGGCAGAUGCGCACAAACACCAGGGUUUUUUUUGAGUAUGCUUGUGAUUGCGCCUUUUACUGCUUCCUAUCUCCCCUGAAGUAUUUUGAUAUCGCUGUGGCCCAACCAACUUUGUUUCUUCUCUUCUACAAAAUAAGUAUUCACGGUAAAAAGCAAAAGCCCACAAGAUCAACAAAUAUCAGCACUCACGUUGCUCCUGUCGUAUUUCUUUUCUUCUAUAUAUAA